CCCCAAGUAACAUUAUUUUAAUUCCAGGCGCAGAAUGAAAGUAGGUGACGACAGAAGAGGGUUGUGGAAUUGGGAAGCCGAAGAAGAAGCUACUGCGAUUGCGAUUGCCAACUCAUUCUUCCGUCAUGGGCAACUGUGGCACUAGAGAGGAAUCUGACGUUGUUACUCAUGCUCAAGUUCAACAGCUCCACAACCACAUCUUAUCCGACAAGAAGCUUACUCAAAGUCAGAGCCAGACUCAGAAUCGUACCCUCUCAGAUCUGAGCGACUUCGAGGAUUCCAGGAAAAAUGCGCUUCUCUAUACCCACAUUAUUGCCUUCACUUUAUUCGAGCUUGAGACUAUUACCAAGAGCUUCCGUUCUGACUAUAUUCUCGGGGAAGGUGGCUUCGGAACCGUCUAUAAAGGUUACAUUGACGAGAAUGUGCGGGUCGGUCUCAAAUCUCUGCCUGUCGCUGUCAAGGUCCUCAACAAGGAGGGCCUUCAGGGUCACCGCGAAUGGCUUACUGAGGUCAACUUCCUCGGCCAGCUCAGGCAUCCCAAUCUGGUAAAGCUGAUCGGCUAUUGUUGUGAGGAUGAUCACAGGCUACUUGUAUACGAAUUCAUGUUCCGUGGUAGCCUUGAGAACCACCUUUUUCGAAAGGCAACUGUACCUUUAUCCUGGGCGAAAAGAAUGAUGAUUGCUCUAGGAGCUGCUAAAGGGCUUGCUUUCCUACACAAUGCUGAAAGACCCGUAAUAUAUAGGGAUUUUAAAACCUCCAAUAUAUUGUUGGACUCUGAUUAUACAGCCAAGCUUUCUGAUUUUGGACUUGCAAAAGCUGGACCACAAGGUGAUGAGACCCACGUAUCAACUCGAGUGAUGGGAACAUAUGGAUAUGCUGCACCUGAAUAUGUUAUGACUGGUCAUCUGACUGCGAGGAGUGAUGUAUACAGCUUCGGAGUUGUUCUUUUGGAGCUUUUGACGGGAAGAAAAUCUGUUGAUAAGACAAGGCCAAGCAAGGAGCAGAAUUUGGUGGAUUGGGCUCGGCCAAAACUGAAUGAUAAGAGAAAAUUACUUCAAAUAAUUGACCCAAGAUUGGAGAACCAGUAUUCAGCAAGGGCUGCCCAGAAGGCAUGCAGCUUGGCAUACUACUGUUUGAGUCAGAAUCCAAAAGCAAGGCCGUUAAUGAGUGAUGUUGUUGAAACGCUGGAACCUCUACAAUGCACUGGUGGUAGUGCAGAUGAAGUCUCCUCGUCUUUGAACUCAAAAGUAACAGGAGGUAGUGCUGGUCCGUUUGCAAUGGGUGGAGUUCCAGAUUAUCGAAUGCGACUCAGAUUUUCAAACAAUGUUGGUCCAGGUGCCAUUUGUAGGUCGCCUAAUCCAAAUUGUUCCCCAGGUGGCCCUGCAGCAUGCAGAGUUCGAUGAAAAUGUCACCUACUUGUAUACUUGUUUGGUGUGGCUUUUGUAGCAUGACCCCCUGUCAAAAGUGACAAAUUUGCUUGUUAAAACAAGGGUGGUUUUACUUAAUUGUACCUAAUGUGUAAGUUGUCUGUAGUCUGUGUUGAUUAUGUGUUGAUUAUGCUAUUCAACUGAAGCUUGUAUCACUUUUUUUUUGUUUUAUCCUUUGCCACUGGAAUUUCCUGUCGGAAAGUUGUCUUCAGCAUAAAAGCAUGCAGUUUCAGACUUGUAA